AGUUCGUUCGAACUACUCGACAACAAAAGUCGUCCGUUUACAUUUUGAGUAGGUCAUAUAUAAAAGUAAAGCAACAGGUGUAUUAUCUUUAGUAUUAUUACGAUAACAAAUUAAUCGGUAAUAGAAAAAAAUUGACAACUCUAAUUUGGGUUAAUGUGUGAAUUUAGUGUUUAUUUGAAUAUAUUCAAAAACGCUGGAUAAUAAAUUCAAAUCUAUUUCACAUCAAUUAUGUAAAUCCAAAAGUGUAUUUGUGUCAAAGUGCCCCGUAAUUUAAAGAAAAUUCGAAUUAACUAUUUCUAGUUACGGAUAUUUUGGAAAUAUGCCCCUGAGUACUGUUUGUAUUAGUACUGUCAGUAGUCGACCCAGGACUUGGUCGUCGUAUUCAAAUAUCCGUGCCAAAAAUGUCAACGAUUUCCUCAACAUGAAUAGUGCCGAUGAUCUAACAGUUUAUCGAGAUAAUAACGAAUCAUUUCAUUCGCCUAACCUCCAAAGACGAACCUUGGGUUGUAGUUACGAUUUUCCCGAAAAAUCGAACAAAAAAGAUAAAAAAUGGUCGAUAAGCAAUAUAUUUCGACGAAAAAAGAAAGAAGAAAGCGAGAGUAGCAGCGAGGAGGAUAUACAGAAAAAAGGAUUCCUUAGUAGGAGAAGAAAGAAAUCAGAUAGCCGAAAGAAACGACCAGUAAAACCAGCCAUACCAUUCGAUCACGUCGUCAUGCAUCCUGGUUGUCGUAAUUCGCUAAGUUAUAACGGAUAUAAUUACGGUGAAGAUGUUGGUGUUUUAUCGGAUCCUACCGCCGGAUUUUCUAAUUACGCCGAUAGAACAUUACCGCACAUUACUCCACAACAAGAAUCCACUCAGAAAAUCAACGAUCUUACUAAAAUUAAUUCAGUAUCCGGUUCCGUGGAUAGCGUAAGAAAAAGUAGACGCGGUCAAACUAAAGCUCGAGCUGAAGCUAGAAGAACGUCGUCUAGAAACAAUAGUAGCUCCGAUGAAGGAGAAUCUCAACAUUCAAACUCAUCAUUGAAAAUUCGCAGUGAAGAAAAUUUGAAAAUUACCGAUAAACAUCUCAACAAACGAUCGAGAGCAGCUAGAACCGAAAGAUAUUUAAAAAGACAUUCUCGCGAUGGCGAAAAUCCGCACAAUUAUUUAAGAUUAUCUAAAUCUGACGUGGAAAGUUCUCUAAUGAAUUGGAAAUAUUCCGACGAUAGUACCAGAUCGCCCAGUAGAAGUCCAUUGGUACCUAAAAUAACACCAACAACGGAUAGUAAUCAUAAAUUAUCGUUUUCUAGUUUAAAUUCGCAAAGCAGUAAUAUAUCUGGAUUAUCUACUAUACCUCCUAGUCACUACACUUCCGGUAGAUUCCGGGUUAGCAAUUCUACAAGUAACCCAUCUUAUAAACCACCUCAAUCAAUGAAUGAUUAUAAUAAUAGCAUUAGAAAGAAUAUUCCAGAAAAAUAUCUUGCCGAACAGCGAAGUAUUUCUUGUGAUGCUAAUAUACACAAAGCCGAUUAUUCACCGGAAGUACUUCACGUACAGUUUCCUAUUAUGAGACCUAAACGCGGUUUUAAAAACUUGAGUCUCGUAGAUACUUCUCAAAUAAACAAUUUGAGACACCAGCCUCCACCGCCGCCGCCGAGAGAUCCUACUAGAUCGCAUUAUUUCGAAAGCGGUAGACCAAAUACAUUUUAUUUCGACAAUUCAACGUAUUCCAAAACAAAACCUUUCCAUAACGAACAAAGGAAAUAUAAUUCUUUUAAUCUCCAUCCUAAUUUUCGUUCUACGUCAGAAGAUCAAUUAGCUAGAAAUUCUUUUAAUGUUCAGUUACAGUGUAGGCCGUCGUCUACUACACCCGAAUCUCAAAAAUUAAAAAACGAAGAAGUUAAAAAUUAUAAUUAUCUAACGGAUAAAAAACCCAGAAGCAGAAAACCGAUAUUUAUUAAACCGAGCGGUAAAACAACUAACGACGAAACUAAUACUAACAACGAUUGUAAAAAAGCUUUGAAUUUUUGGAAAGAAAUAGAUCGACAGAAUUCUUUAACAAAAAAAAAUGUGGAAAAACCGCAAAUGUUUACUAGUCACACGCAAGUACAAACCAAAGUCUUCCUCCCCAACGAAACAUCUAAUACAAAAACUAUCUCUAGUCAACAAGCCCCAACGAAAUACGAAGUAAAAGAAAUACCUUUGAAAGACGAUUCUUCUUCAAUCGGCUCAAUCAGUAAAGAAGAUAUAAAACGAAAAUCGGCCAAUUUAGAAGAAGCCUUAUACGAAUUAGAAGCUAUAUACAACAGUUUAAAACUAGGAGAUGAAGAUUUACUCGAAAGAGCGGAACAACGAGAAAAAGAAAAUCAAUACAAGUUAUUACAAGAUCUUUCUUAUCCCAGUUACACAUCUCGAGGAGCUCUAAGCGAUUCCGGUUUCAGUUACGAACCAUUCGAUACCAUCGAUUCACCUCGCCGUAAAAGAUUAUCCAAAAGAAAUAACAAAAUAGAUCUUAAACUUGACGAUAUGGCAUUUAGAAAAUUGAAUAAAGAUAGAGCAAACACCAUAAACGAUCCGCAAUCUGUUACGUCCCAAGUUAGUUACUUAAUGAGAUCACCGGUUUUUUCUUGGGUACAGGAACCUUUGGAACCGAGUAACAAUAACGAACCGGAUAUAACUAGAGAUGAUGUUGUAUAUAGAAACGUUAAACACUCCAAUAAUUUAUUAAAAGUGAUAGAACCUCAACCGCCUUUCGGUAUUCCUUUAGGACCGAUAACACCUGCCGCGAACAGCGAUUACCUUCAUGCUAAACCCGAAACUAUAUACAAACCUACUUUUAAACAUAAAAAGAUACCAGAUGUAGUUAAAGACGAUUUAGCGUUUAGGAAUUUACGUAAAGAUUCUAAUAAAGGUCCGGCGUUACCGCCUUUGUCUAAUGAAGAUAAUAAAGUAGAUACAUCUCUAAGUUAUUUGAGAAAAAAGAGAGCUCAACGAUCCAUGUCCGCUAAUAUAGGAAGUAUACUUGGUAAUCGUUCAGACGGAGGUAUUAAAUCUAUUAGAAAUACUAACGAAGACGUCGAAAAUGAAUUUAAAACUUUAACCGAUAUAGCAGAUGCAAUGGAAAUAGCGAGAAGAGUACUAAAAGAAAAAGAAAACAAAAUAACUGCUACAAAAAAAGCUUUUAUGAGCGAUACCGAUGCAAAUUACAUACAUUCUAAUGAUGCUCACAAAGAAAGUCGAUUAAACUUUUUGAACGGAUUAAAGAAUGUAGAUUCACCAAAACUAGUAAACAAUUUGAGUUUAAAACCACCAAGAGGUUUAACACCCGAACGUAGACGAUCGCCUAAAGAAUCGACGCCGAUUCCGACGUCUCCGUUCGAAGAUAAGAAAAUGUAUAACGACGAAUCAACUUCUUCGUCUUUAGACGAUUUGUUGAACGCAUUAGCCGAAGAAGCUAAAGAAACUACCGAACGCAUUACCAAAGAAUUAACGAAACUAAGCGAAGAAAAAGAAAAUUUAACAAAUAACAAAGCGGAAUCUUUGAAUAAAAGACUAUCAAAAGACGCAGUGUCGAAUCGAGCGGAAAAACUCUUAGAAAACGUGGUAGAUAGUACGAGUUGCGUAACUGUUGAAAAAAAUGUAGAAGAACAAGUUAAACAGUUGGUUCCACAACCUGCAAAUACGGAAUCGGCUACUUUAGUCAUGUCUAGGUUUCACGAUAACGUACAAGAAGAAAGCGCCAAGGCCGAAUCUGAACACGACUACGAAAAUUUGAUUUCUGAUAACGAAACGAAUAAAAGCCGAUCACCUUUCGAAGAACAUAAAGCCGAACUUGUUGCUACGUUCCAAGAACUCAAACAACAAGUUGAGGAUAUAAAUUUUCCAAUCGAUAAGUCGAAAAAGGAUGCGAUUAACGAUGAUCUAGAAAAUGAUGCGGUUACAGGUGAGAAAUCGUGUGUAGCUUUGCCAGAUAGAGAAUGCGCAUUUUCUGUUAACACUAACCGCCAGAUUUUCACCGCUAGCUGUGAUAUUAUUUUAAGGAAGCCAUUUAAUUUUAGUUUAGUCGAAGAUUCCGAAACCAGUUCGGGGUUCCAUUCGAAUUGUUCUUGCGGCGACAGUACGCACUUCAAAUCUGACAAUACCAACGAAUGUUUCGAUUCAAAUACGAAUCUGGAUUCGUUAGAAAGUUUGAAAUCGCCGAAAUUAGUAUUAGAAACCUCGAAUAAAGUGGCUAAAUCGGAUCUUCCUAAAAGUACGAGAUUAGUAUUGCGAUACGCUAAAGCUGAUAUUCCGGGAACUUCGCAUGAUCCGAGAGCAAGAAAUGCCGUCGAUAAUGUUGAUGGACGACGCGGUCUUAACGAUGAUGAUAAUAUACCGUGCCCCUCCUGGUACCGCGACCCAACUAUCAUGGCAUUUGCAUGUUCUUAUGGUAUUGCAUGCGUUCACCAAUUGGCUUCAUACGAUUUAUUUGCCGUAUUGAGUAUUUUGUUUGCUGUCCUUUCAUUCAUCGCCGCACUAUUUCUUCAAUACAAAAUCAGACAUAUACCAAAUUAUGACACAGAAAUUCGUCCGCGUCUCUCUAGAUUGGUGCAAUGUUGUUAUGCUGGAAUCAUUAUAGAUCAACACACAGAUAUGACUGAUAAUCCGGAAACAAGGAACGAUAGAAUUGCCCGCUAUAAAGAGGAACGAAAACGACAACUGGCCGAACAAUUUUCAAAUCUUCAUUCACCGUCAAGGGCAAUCAAAAAGGGUAGUACUAAAGAUGGGAGUUCUUCCAGCAACUCCGAAGGCCCCCGACCCACGAGAGCGUCCAGACUGAGAGCUGCAGCUUUGUCCCAAGAUAACAUAUCUAGCCAGCAUAUUCCAACAAACAAAAUACGUCCCGAGAAAUCUCCUACGUGCGAUUCAAACAACGGAAGCGAUACAAAGGUCGGCGGAACUAAGAGAAUAGAUAGAGAUAAGAGCAAUAAAAGGAAGUCGAAUCUGAACCGGUCGCUAAACUCGGAAGAAGUUCCGCAAUCUGAUUAUAGCAAUGAAACAAAAGAUCGUCGCCACCGAAGACGUUUCUUUCCUCCCGAAAUAUUAGAAUCGUCUUUGACGACAACUUCAGGAGAUGAUCGUGAAAAAAGAGAUAACAACAUCACUGCCUCCAAAACGCAUCCAGCUUCAUCGCCGAUCACUGCCGAAUUAUUUUCAUCUUAUUCAUCAAAACUCACAACACCUAAAAAAUCAGAACUUAGUGUUCACAUGGAAAAUGCCAGACGAGGUAUCGCUCCAGCUUUCUCUGAAAUGGGAAAGUACAAGCCCUAUGCCAAACGUAUCGUUACCUCUAGUCCUAAGUCUUCUACUACUAGAUUUAACUUAGAUAAUCAACUGAAUACUUCGAGUAGUCCUAAAAAUAUACCAUCGGAUGAGGAAAGAACAAAAGCCAUAGCUAGCAGAAUGGAAGGACUAUCUGUCCUUACUAAACAAACUUUAGCGAGGGUCGAAAGGUUAACCAGCAAAACGCGCGAUUCUCCUCGAAAAGAUUCGCCCGUUUCGCAAGUUUCCGAUAGUCCAAUUAGACAAACAAAAUGCUAUAAAAAAACCCCGGACAAAUCAAGAUUAUCAUCAAUCCUUAAAAAGAAAUCGACCGAAGAACCUCCUUUCAUAAUUAUAGAACCAACCACUGCAUCAACAUCUACCAUAUUAUCUGGGCCUGUUUCUAUUUUAAAGAGAAAAGUGUCCCAAGAUGAACAUAAACAAGACGGAAGUGGACAUACAAGCACCCAUACUCCUCCAGUAACUUUUUCGCCGAACGUUCUAGAACCCACAACCACUAAAAGUAAACAAGGUAUUUUAAAGAAACGCCGCAGUCUCGACGAAUCGUCGGUGAUGAGGCAUCGUAGUUGUAGUCCGGAUGUAGCCAAUAAAACCGAUUCCAAAUCUAUAUUAAAAAACCAGAGACGUUCUUCUCUGGAAGAAUUAAGAAGAACUCGUUCACCCGAAACGCCCCUACAAGGUAUAUUGAAAAGAAGAACUUCCAAAUACGAUGACGACGAUCAUUCUUUGAAUUCUCCUCAGAGUAUUUUGAAAAGAAAAUCGGGUGCUAGCAGUGCGGGUUCGACUAGUAGCACUCCGCACGUUUCCAUCACAACAGCUGUGAUAUUGGCAGCCGCUGGUGGCGCCGAGAUGGUAUUAGAACCCGAAGGAGAAGCCGUUAAACCCAUACUAAAAAAGAAAAGCUUCUCCGACGAUUAUUCGCAUCAUAGUGAUACUCCUUUGGACGCUCCUAAACCUAUUCUAAAAAAGAAAUCGAGUACCGAUACAGACGAUUCCGAAGAAAAACCCAAACCUAUUCUAAAACAGUCCAGGACUUGUAAUGAAAGAGAAUCAUUCGACGGUAAUCAAGAAUUUAGGUUAUUCAAGCACGCUUCUUCCAGUGAGACUGAUUGCGACGUUAAACCGAUUCUUAAAAGUAGAGACGAAUCGGGACGUCAAAGACUGUCGUUUAGCGCUGAACAUAAAAUAGAUUCGAGACGGAGACCUUCGAGACGCUCAAACACCAUUUGUACUGAUUUUAAUGUAAGAAAUUCUCGUUUGGAAAACAAGGAAACGGACGAUACGCUCAAUAAAUCCAGACCGUUUUCGGUGCACGAAUUGGUCAUGUCCUUCGAGAAUAGUUGCUCAACUGGAGCUAUUCCUAAAAGGAGUAGUCUUAAGAGAAAUAGUGAUAGACACAAGACUCAACCGAUUACUUCCAAUGAAUUAGAGGCAAGCCGCCAUUUAGUGAGAAGCCCACAACAUUUCAAUAAAGACGAAAACAAUAAAUCGAAUUUAUCUCGCAGUUUUGACGUUCAUUCGUUAUUAGAUUUUACUUCGUCCUUGGAAAAUGAUAGCAAUUUGAACAGUUUCUUCGCAUCCUCGUUAAACAAUCCAACCAGUCCGGAAAGUUUCACUUGCGGUAAAAUGUCUUCCGAUUCCGCGUUUCAAUCUUUGGGAGACGGUCUCGAGCUAGAACAGGAUGAAGAACUGCUUCAGGAUUCAAAGAAAGAACAGAGUAAACCCAAGUUUAAACAGCAACCAUCGCCUUUAGAAUUACAAAUGAAAGCGAUUGCUGAGGAAGCCAAAAAAACGAAACUAGCCAAAGGGAAUGUCGGUAUUGAUAGAUACCGCUCACGACGUUCAGGUGCUAAUCCACAAUUUGCUACUCAACCGAUAACCUUUGAAGAAAUAGAAGCUGCUUCGAAAAUUGCUGACAAUGCUGCGGGUGAUGACGAAGCCGAUCCUUGCAAUAUGAGUUUCGAAGACAGAUUAAAGAUGUUCCAUCAAAAAAUCGAUCGAACCUCCAUUAAAGCCGUUAAACGAACACGACUUUGCCGUACUCGCUUUGCAACAGAUGUAGUCGACCCUUUCGAUGUAGAAACUGCACGCAGCUUGUUUGCAAAACCACCCCGUGCUUUAGGUGGUGAUACAUGCGAUGACUAUGACAAAAUGACAGAAGCUCGAAGUAUUUUAAAAUCGACGGAACCUAACCAAAUGGGUAGAAAUUUAUCGCCGCCUCCGAAAAAAUCAGUAUUAAAAAAAUUUCAUUCGUUUAACAUUUCCGAUAAUCGCAAACCAAUCCUCAAAGUCGAAACGUCGCCGGACAAAGACGACGAAGGUAUUUCGUGUAAUGAUUCGGAUUCCGGUUCAGAUUCCGAUGUAUCGUCGAACGCGGUUCGGGAAAUUGCGAAAAGUGACGAGAGAAAAAUCGCGAACAAAAUGGGAAAAUGUAGUGGGGAUAGUACUUCGGAGGGGGAAUCUUCCGGUGGAAGGGAAGUUAGAAGUAUUUUUAUGAACGAAAAUCGACUAAAAGUCAAACAAACGCUGGAAGGUGUUCUAUUGAAAAGCAAAAGUCAAAACGCAGUCGGUAAUGAAUUAUCUCCAAUACCAACUAAAAGAGUCGUCAACAUCCGAAGAUCUCACACUCAAAACGAAAUGCCUCAAGCGAUUGCUGAUCUAAGAGCCAGACUCCAGGAAAGAGGAGAAUCGGACUGGAAGAAAAGGGUAAUGCUGAACAAUAACGCCAGUGAUGAAUUGAAAUUGUUGAAAGAGAAAAAUAAAUAUAAUGAUGAACUCUCCGAAAAAUCUCUAUUGGCGACCAAGAAAGACGAGUUGGAUGCGGCGUCCAGGCAUUGGAAAUCGAGAGUGGAAAAAUCCGACGCCCAGAAAUUUUCUGUGGCUGGAAAAAUGAGCGAGAAAAUACGAGAUGCUGUACCAACAAUAAAUAUUCCAACCACAAACGACAGCAACAAGAAAAUACCUCAAGCGAAAAGGUUCAAAUUGAAAGAAGGUCCUAUUUCAACGCCGACCUCGCCCGAAAAGAAUAGUAAUUAUGAUCUCACUAGAAGUAAAUCACUUUCGUAUCCAUCCAGUUACAUAUCAAAACAAGAUACGGAAAGUUCUAAGCACAUUAUAAAAUCGGUAACAGUACUUAAUCCGGAUGACAUUACAUUACGAACAUUUUUCAAAAGUCCCGAAAACAAAGAACAGGUGGACGUUUGUUUGGACGAUCUCGAUGUGGUGGAGAGACAAUCGUUGCUAGUCAUCAAGAAAAAUGUACAAGUCCAAAGGAGAAGAGGCGCUUCGAAAAAUCCUAUCAAAGCACUAGCUACAAGAACUGACAUCGUUAAUGAAUAUACGGAGGUAAUAACCGGCGUUGCGGAGAGAGAAAAGAAAAGACUUAAUAUUGAAAAACUGGCCAAAAAUUCGAAUAAAGCUCUCGAAGCUUUGGCUGGUUUGGCGAGCAAUGAAGACUUUAAAUCAGUUGCCUUAAAAAAGUCAUCAAAUCCCGUCGGGUACCUGCCUUGGAAAGACUUAAUGCUUUUGCAGGUGAAAGGUAGAAGACAUAUACAAACGAGGCUCGUAGAGCCUGUACCUAGCAGUAUUAACGAAGGUGAUAAUUACAUUUUGGUCACUCCCAAUGCUCUAUAUACGUACACAGGUGCCUACUCGAAUGUGAUAGAGCAAUCUAGAACUUCGGAUAUAGUUAAACUUAUCCAGAAAACGAACGAUUUGGGAUGUAAAGCAGACAAAGUACAUAAUAUUAACGCUAAAGAUGCAAACUCGAGAUACUCUUUAGAAUUUUGGAAAACGUUAGGUGCCAAUAGUAUACCAGAAACAGUAGAUGCCGGUCAUCCCGAAGAAGAUGAAUCUUACGAAUCCAAUAUACUCCAUACGAAUAUGAUAUAUACAUUGGAGAAUGACGAACUCGUACCAUUCGAUAAAUAUUGGGGCACAAUACCGAAAAUUGAAAUGCUUAAAGAGACGAGUAUAAUAGUUUUUGAUUUUGGAUCUGAAAUGUACGUUUGGAGCGGUAAAAACGCUCCAUUAGAAAAAAAGAAACUGGCUUUGAAAUUGGCUAAAGAAAUGUGGGAUGAGGGCUACAAUUAUUCAGACUGUAACAUUUGUCCUUUGAAUAUUUCUAGUAUACUCGGCGCUAGAAAACAAGAAAUUCUACCAUUAAAAGCGGAUAAACGACCCGAUUGGGCUUUAUUCGCUAAAAUAACCCAACAUAGAGAACCGGUCCUAUUUAGAGAGAAGUUUCUAGAUUGGCCGGAUUUUUCCAGAGUAAUUAGAGUGAGAAGUAACGAAUACAUCCGAAAAGCGAGUGGCUCUAUCGAUAUUAAUCCUUGCAACGUAGACGACAUGCUCAAAGAAAAGGACAAGGAACCGGAUUUAGUUGUCGAACACACACAUCUUGGUAGGGGCGAUAAAUAUUUUGAUGAAGAAACCCGACGUUUAUUCGAAUAUGAAUCGCUCAAACUUAACGGUUGGAGAAUUUUGGAGAAUACUUAUGAAGAAUUACCAGAAAAAUCUCUGGGGCAAUUUUACGAUGGGGAUAGUUAUAUAUUUAGAUGGGACUUUCGACAAACUGUUAAAGGAAGAGAAUUAACUGGAAAACCUUCGAAACAUGCUGCAGUCGGAAGGGAUAGAUGCAUUUUCUUUUGUUGGCAGGGGAACGAUUCUUCGACGAAUGAAAAAGGAACUGCAGCUUUGCUUACCGUCGAACUUGACAAGCAGAACGCCCCGCAAAUUAGGGUAGUUCAGGGUUCGGAACCGGCGGCUUUUUUGCGGCUAUUCCACGGAAACAUGGUAAUUCAUAGAGGUAAACGGGAUAUCGUUGAAAACUUGGAGUCAUCAAAAUUGUUUCUAGUUCGAGGUGAAAACCUCGAUGAAAUUUAUUUGAUGGAGGUACCGUUGCGCAUGAGUUCGUUACGAAGCAAAUCGUCGUUUGUCAUUGUGAAUGUUGAGGAUGAGCAGAUAAUCAUUUGGCAUGGUAUUAAAUCGAGCAGCCAAAAGAGAAAAGUGGCCAAAAAGGCAGUCGAGAAUUUAAUGCGAUAUAAACCAUCAGAAUUAAACUUGGACCGAUUUGAUGAAGAUCUAGAUAUUAUUGAGCUUACAGAAGGCGAUGAAUCUGAAGAAUUUUUUAAUAUAAUCGGAAAAGAUAGAGACAGUUAUUAUUCUUUAGUAAACAAAGAUGAAGAUACUGAAAAUACUGCCAGAUUAUUUAGAUUGAGUAGCAUUACUGGCGAUUUCGUAGCUACUGAGAUCCUAUGUCCUCACAGGAGUGAACAUUCUAGUCCUUAUCCUUUCGUGCAAUCAGAAUUAUAUUCUUCUAGUCAACCAGCUUUAUUUUUAAUCGAUAACAAUCACGAACUGUGGCUAUGGCAAGGCUACUGGCCGGAAAAGGAUGAUGAUGAAGAUUUAUCUGAUCAAACAGGUUCGGGUGCGGUUCGGUGGCAGGCCGAACGGAGGGCCGCAAUGCAAACGGCCAUUAAUUAUUGGAAAAAACGCCAUGGUCACAAACCUGUUGUCGGUUAUUUAGUAUGGGCGGGUUUAGAACCACUUCAGUUUAAAAAUAUGUUUCCUGCUUGGGAAGAUAGAUCAGAUAUUGCUGAAUUGAAUAAAAAAGAAGGGAAAAGGGAAGGAGAUAUAAUACCAUUGGAAAAAGAACUGACACUCUUAUCAAGAACGACUUACCCAAUAUCAGAACUUCUCCAAAGGCCGCUGCCAGAAGGAGUCGAUCCAACAGUUAUAGAAAAAUAUCUUUCGCCUACCGAUUUCCACGAAUUAUUUUCUAUGAGUAAAGAGGAUUUCGAUAAAUUACCGCCUUGGAAAAAAACUGCCCUCAAAAAAAAUAAAGGACUGUUUUGACCGUUAUUCAGUUAUUUUGUUGAGUGUCUAUUGAGUGGUUGCUUUGAUUAUACAAAGUCCAAUGAUUUUAUUUAAUGUUGUAAUUUUGUUAACUCUUUUAUCAUUCACUACAAGAAAUACACGAGAACAAGAACGGACCUUCAAAAAUAGAUCAUUUCAUUGUCUUUGUAAUUGAGCUUUUGGACACUUUAAUUGUCCAUAUUUUUUUUUGUCUUAAUAACAACCCUAAAAAACUUAUUUAUUAUUUUUUUUCAAAUUAUGGUACUUUAAUCUUUUAGGGUACAUUUUCCCUAUGACCUUAAUAUUGAAGUAUGUCAUUUUUAGGCUCAUUCUGGGCAUUUCUAUUUUUUAUAGUGUACGAUUCUAUGCUUUUAUAUCGACAGCCACUAACCUAACCUAACUUAGAAUGAGGAAAUUAUGGAACAACUCUUUUGACUUCGGUUGGCACCCUAUACAUGCACUUGUUCAGAAUGACCCAAAAAUGACAAAUGUCAAUGUCAUAAGAUUAGAUUGAAUUUCAGUUGGUCUAAAACAUUUCUUGUAGUACCUCUAAAGUGAUAUAAAUAUUUUUUUUAUAGCAUAUCAAAAAAUUUUUUAUCGGAUAUUAUGAAAGUGUUUGUUUUGUAUUUUUGUUAAAUUUUUUUUGGAAAAAAUCUAACAAGAGCAUUAUAGAAAUAUUGACGCCAAAAAAACGUUAUUAUUUUCUAUUACAUGACUUCUUGUGAAUCAUCAAGUGUCGUAAUUAAAUCAAAAUCUAAGAUACAAAAACUUGUUAUUUAUUUAUGUUUUUAAAACGAAAAUAUACCAGAAGAUCCAAAACUAACUAUGUAACAAAGAAAUGAAAGGGGGAUUUUCAUUUUUUUAAUUAUUAUUUAUUACUAUAGAAGUGUGAAUUGAUAUUUUGUAAUUAUUUAAAAUAAAGUAAAAUUACACUAGAAAUUUCGUCAUUAUAGCAUUCAUAGAUCCAUACUGAUUUCAUUAAAAUGUUUUUUUUCAUGAUUUUUAUGCCUAAAUAUGAUCUAGCAACUGGAAAAUCAAGUUAAAAUAAGUGUAAUGUGAUUAGUUUUCUGCGAGUUUUUCAAAAAUUUUGUAUUAAGACGUCUAAAGACAAGGAGGCUUCCAAUUUUAAAAUUGUGCACAGGAUUUUACUAUAAGUAUUAAUUUUUUCUAAUAUUUUUACCGCAAUUUAAUCAAAGUUGCAGUUGCAUUAUAAAUAUAUAUGGUCCUCUAAAAGAUUUUUAUCUGUUUUUUGAAAAUAAUUUUCUAUUAAUAGAGAUCUAAAAUCAUCAGGAAAAAUAUAUAAAAAGCUCUUAUCAGGACGAAUUUAGGUUUUUUUUUUAUUUUCAAAAGAUUAAAAAUGAAUUUAUUAUACUUGGAGUGGAAGUGAUUUAAAAGUUCAAAGCAAACCUUAAUAAUAAAAAAAUAUUAAAUUCUCCAGAUUUAUGAAUAAAUUAUACUAUACACUUGACAUAUUAUCUUAGAAAAUUUUUUUGUUCCUAUUUAGAAACUUUUUGUUUAAAUUUCUUAGAUGUUCAAAGUGUUUGGAGAAUUUUCAGAAGAAUAAACCUAUUUUUUAACUUUUUAUAUUAAUAACUAGGAGAUACAUAAUGAAGUACGACUUUUUUUAUUUCAAAUUAUUUCCUGUCCAAAAGAACUUUUAUUAACUUUCUUAACUGUUGAUUAAGGAUCAAGACAGUUGUAAAAAGAGAAAAAAUGGAAAGAAUUCGAAAAAUGGUUACAAAUAGAGAAAAUAUUGUGAAGUAGAAGUUGAAAAGGUAAGAGAACAAGCUGUGAAAUUUAUUACACAAAACAAAUGUGAUUUUCAUCUUCAGUAAUUGCAUCAAAACUAUUUAUCACUCUGAUAUAGCCAAGAUGAUAACUUGGCUAUAGAAACGUGCGUUUGAUUUUUCUAUUCUGUUUAGUUCUAAUAAUAUAUUUCAAAAAUACCAAUAAAAAUUUUUGAUUUAUUAAAAAAUUAAGUACAUAAAUAUCUAUGUUUCUUUUUAAUUUUUUUUGUAAUAUUUAGUUUUGGACUAGCUUGAUAGAGUCAAUUUCAAAUUUUCAAAAUAUAUAUAUAUAUAUAUAUAUAUAUAUAUAUAUAUAUAUAUAUAUAUAUAUAUAUAUACAAAAUAGUUUGUUUAACUAAUAAUUAGAAAAAACAAAUUUUGAAACUGCCAUAUAAAAAUUAGCUUUUAUAUUACAACAACUGAAUAGCAUAACAUAUAUAUUCUUUAAAAUAAAAAGUGGGAAAAUAAAAUAACUUUAGAUCAAAAAUUUAUUUGUUUAUGUAUAAAAUUUAUCAAAAAAAAACUAUCAUCUCACAAAUUUUUGAAAAGGUGUUUGAACAAUGCUUUAGUAUAUUACAAACAUUUAAGAUUUUCUAAUACAGAUACCUUUGUACAUUUUGAUCAUUCAUGUUGGAUGAAUAUAAGAAGUUUUGGAAUUUGUUAUGAAAAAUAGUUUCAAAUGCAUAAAACUAAUAGAAAAUAUCGAAUUAUUUAAAAUUUGGUGUUGAGAUACAAACGACAAGUGUGUUCAUUUUUAGAAAAAGAUUUUUUAUAUUUAACCAUAAACUACUAACUCCGUCCUAAUAAACAAAUUUUACAAUAAUAAUAAAAUUAUCAACAUAACGUUGAGCAAGCAAGUCUACCAAUAACUGUAAUGACUUUUCUUUUCCAUAACUGAAUAGCAAACAGGUCUACCAAUAACUAUAAUGACGUUUUAUCUCUAUGAAGGGACAUACUGAAUAAUCAACAAUUCUGGCAAUAAUCAUGUUGACGUUUUUUAUCUAUAAAAUUGACUCGAUGUUAUGAAUAACAAACAUGCCUACAAGGAACAAAAUGACUUUUAUUUCUUCAAAAGUGAGUGGACAUACUGAAAAACAAACAGGUGUGCCAAUAACUAUAAUGACAUUUAAUUAAACGGACGUACUAAAUGAAUAUAAUGAAUAACAAACAGGUCUACUAAUAUCUAUAAUGACGUUUCUUUUCUAUAAAAUAGAGUGGAUUUACUGAAUAGCAAUCAGGUCUACCAAUAACUUCAAUGACAUUUCAUUAAUAUAAAAUUGAAAGGACUUUCUAAAUGUUAAAAUUAUUUUCGGAUUAUUAUCUUAGGGGAAUUUUAACGAAUGAAUAUUAUUAAAAUGUCAUUAAUGACGUGUAAAGGUAUUUGUAUUAAAAAUUGUAUUUUAUAUCCUGGUAUAUUUUAGUGAUUUGUUUUUAUAAAUAAAGAAAUUUUUGUUAUGAAUUGUAGCACAGAUCUAUUCAAAUAUUACAUUUUUGAAUACCUUGAGAAAUUUCAAGUAAGGCAACAAAUACAUUCGAUCCUUUCCGUUUUAAAUUUAAUUAAUAAAAAAAGUAUUAUUAGAUCAGUGCUACAAUGCGAAUAGUUUUUAUAAAAUAAUCAUUACAAUUUGACCCAUUAUGAUAUCGCGUACGAGAUUCUAAAUAUUAGUUAAUUAAUUAAAAAUUGAGGAUAUGCAUAAUCGCUUUGAAAUAAAUCAUUGAAAUAUUUUAAGAUGAUCCAUAAAAGCUAGUCCAUUAUGUGUUCUUAAUGAAAUUAACUUGAAAUUAAUUUUUUCUCGGAAAUAAUACGGUUAAUUAACAAAAAUUUUAACCUACUAUGAUAUUAAUUCAACCAGAUUAAUUUUCAUUUACAUUCCCAAAAAACUCAACAUUGAAUGAUAUUAAUUCAUAGGAGCCAAGUUCAAUUUACUUUUUCAGAAAAUUAACUUGAAAUGAUAUUAAUUCUAAAGAGAUAAAUUUCACAUACAUUUCUAAAAAAAUUUCUAUUUUCUAUUCAAGAACCUUUUCAUUAUAUUUAUUCGCUAUUUAUAGCUUUUGAAUUUUCAAAAAACUAAUCACAUUUUUAUAUAAAUUAUUGUUGUAAUUUUUCUGCACAGAAAAACGUUUUCGGUACUAAUUUCCUUUCACCCAAUUUUGAUUUUCUGUGGUACGAUUUAUUUGUAAGUGAAUGAAUUGUGAAACAAUUGAAAAAUUUUUUGAAAACCAUAUUUUUUCCCAAAGACAUCUUUGAAAAACAACUUUGUUGAAAUGUAAACAUUUCUAGCCCAUUUUUUAAAAUUUUUUCAAAAUAAAAUUUGACAAGCUAUGAGAAGAAGAGAAUUUUAAGAUAUUUUUGGACUUGGUUUAUGAUGGACCAUUCUGAAAUUGACGCUUGCGUUGAAUUAUUAAUAUUUUUUAUAUUAUCUGUGAUUAGGUUAUGUAUUUAUGUUAUAACGUACGAUUAUCCGCGUAUUGAUAUCCCAACUUUUUGAAAUCGCAAUGAUUCAUUUUCCUACAUAAUUGACACCGCAAAAAAAACCAGUACAGUGAGCAACCUCUUUAGAAAAUGUUAGACUUAAGUAAAUGCAAUUUGGAGAGUGUGUUGAGAAAUUGAACUGUAGUCAGUUCAAAACUGAUAGUACUUUGAUUCCCUGUCUCUAGUUUAAUGGACAAAGUCAGAAUAAUAAGUGAUGAAUCAUCAACUCUGAAAGAUACACCAUCACUAACUGACGCACCUUUCAAUAGCCAAGUUAUCAUCUUGGAGACCAAAAUAAAGUAAUUAUGAGUGUUUUCAUUCUUUUAUAAGAGUGUGAGAUUGUUGAUCCAAAGACAGUAAAAGAGACAGUAAAAACAUAAAAAAUCCGAAAAAUAAAGCGAAUUUUUAAAAAUCUAUAUCUGUUUACCCAAAUUUUACAAGAUUGGAAUUUUUAUUUGUCGGUGGUUGAGAAUGAAUCAGAACUGUUGAGAUAUCAAUACUGGAUAUACCAUAAUAAGCUUGUAUAUAUUCAAAGUGUAAAUAAAUGAGGUGCCUUGUAAUUUUCCGGAAUUGAGAGCUUUCAAAAUUUUUGAGUUGCUUAACAUUUCUAGUCUUCGUGAUUCUCAUGGCACUGAUUUUUUUUUUAAGUUGUUUCUAUGUGAUUUUUCACGUUUUCAAGCUUUUAAUACAUUGAACUAGAUUGUAAAUAUAUUGUAAACUCAUUUUAACUACAAAUUAGUCAUUAUAAAUAACUAUAAUACCAAAAUUAAAUUCUUUACUGUUAUUUCUUGAUUAGUAGCCUAAAUAUUUUGUAUUCGCUUCUUCACUAGUAAUAUUAUUUGUCAAAAACUGUAUCCUUUAUUAUUCUCUAUUCGUAGGUUGAUUUAAAAAACACUGCCUCUUACGUUUUUAAUUUAUUUAAAUACAAUAUACUACACUUAAAUAACUUAUAACAAAUCACUUAUCACUUUAUUCUUCAUUUAACUACACACAUUCUAACUUAUUGGAAGAAUACCUUUAUAUAAUUUUUGUAAUGAAGAUAAUGUAGCUGAACCGAAAAGUCCUACUUAAAAAAUACUUUUGGACGAGUUCUGAAAGUUUGGUGAUACCUGCAAACAAUAAUUUUCAAUAGUAGACGCUCGAAAUUUCUUGUAACUUCUUUGUUCUUCUGGAAUUUCAUUUUCUAUGCCGCAUAAUUCAAAAUUUGGAUACACGUUUCCAUAUUUGUGAAUUUUGAAUGAUUUUCACUUUAUUAUGUAUUAGAACUAUAAUGGAAAAAGGAAAUAAAUGGAAGAAGUGAAUUUUCCGUUUUUGAUCAAUAGAAAUUAUCCACUCUAUUCUAUGAUCCAUGACAAAAAAACAUAUUUUGCAGUGUUUGCAAGUAUAUUUCAUCAUAUUUAAGUACAUUUUUUUAGUUGUUUCAUUUAAUCAUUUACUAAUUUGGAGUUUUUAUGAUGAUUUUGUAUAUUGAACUAGUUGCUAAAUAUUCAUUGUGUGUUUCAAUUAUUAUGCUCAAACAAAAAAUAUGUCACCAGAUUGUACAAUUUUUGAGUAAUAAUAAAUGGGGUACUUGAAUUUUUCAAAAA